GAGCGACUGGGGCCAGGUUUCUAAGCUCAUCUCUGCCCCGAAACUCACCGGGUGACCUCGGGUCCCUCUUCGACCUACACAUCUCAGGAUGAAGCCAUGAGAGUUACAGCGGUGUCCAACUGAUUUAUUUCUGCAGUGUGGAAGAGCUGUCGAUCUCAAAGGCGCUACAAGAUCCCUUUUGCAUAUAAGUAUUAUUCCUAGCAGUGGUUCGAGGGUUCCACUAUGACUCUGGAGACCGGGUUGGAAUCCAGGGAAGCCCACCGGGCGGGCGGCCUUGGGCGGGAGCCACUCUCUCUCAGCCUCCUCAGCGGGAGGCAACGGCGAAGCCCCUCUGAACGAGCCUCGCCACGAAAGCCCCAGGAUAGCAGCGGGGCUGUGUGCCCUGAGUCGGAAACGACUUGAAGGCGCACAACAACAGCAACGCAUCGCCAGUCCAAGAAAGCUGAUACUGUAAUAAACCCGCCAGGCCUCCUGUCCUGUUGCAUUCUGGGAUUGGUAGUUCAGCGAGGCCUCAGAGCUCUCUAGUCGAGAAUUCCAACCGCCUUUCCCUAAACUGCAAAUCCCAGAAUGCAGCAGGAGUCAGCCUCAGGAGAAAAAGAGCGGAAUAAUAGCAGCACUUUCAGAGCGUGGGAACCUAGCGCCACAGUCCCUCCCGAUGCUGAGAAGAAGAAGCCCAACAACCCCUCCUUCCGCUCUUGGGUGGCGCCUCCUCCUCAUGGGAGCCGGAAGUGGAUCCUGCGCGGUCCUCCUCGCAGUUUCCCCUGGUCUCUUGGGCGCCGGGGGAGGAGCAUGACGUAAUGGGCAAGACAAGGCUCCGGAAGUGUCCGGUGACGAACAGGAAGCGGAAGUGUCCGUGUAGAAGAGGGAGGAAGUGUCUCCUGCUGCUGCUGCCGCCGCCGGAGCUGGUCCUCCGGUCCCAGUAAACAAGAGGCGCCCGGCAGUUUUGCUGAACCUGCCUACCAGCACUGCCCCAUUUAAACAGCAAACGUCACAAAAUGGGACCCAGACGGAAAAAUGUGAAAGUAUGUUCCACAAGCAGGGAAGGGCCUAUAUGUUUCAAAGCUGCUGAAUUGAAGGACUAUAUGAAUCAGCUUUCACAUGAAGUGCUUUGCCAUAUAUUUAGAUACCUUCCCCUGCAAGAUAUCAUGUGCAUGGAAUGUCUCUCCCGAAAGUUAAAGGAAGCAGUUACCCUAUAUUUAAGAGUGGUGAAAGUGGUGGAUCUCUGCGCAGGCCGAUGGUGGGAGUACAUGCCUACUGGAUUCACAGAUUCCAGCUUCCUAACUUUACUGAAGAAAAUGCCAGACAUUGAGCAGCUGUAUGGGCUUCAUCCUAGGCACCUUGACAGGCGCAGAGUUCGUGGCUAUGAAGCGUUCAGUAUUCCAGGCGUUUUAGAAGCCUUGCAGACUUGCCCAAAUCUACUAGGUGUUGAGACUUCCCAUUUGGAACUUGUAGAAGCCAUUUGGACAUACAUGCCACAAGUUCAUAUCCUAGGGAAGUUUCGUAAUCGUAAUGGUGCCUUCCCAAUUCCACCUGAAAACAAACUCAAAAUACCAAUAGGAGCUAAAAUCCAGACUUUGCACUUAGUAGGAGUUAAUGUCCCUGACAUUCCUUGCAUUCCAAUGCUGAGGCACCUGUACCUGAAAUGGGUGAGGCUUACCAAACCACAGCCUUUUAAGGAUUUUCUUUGCAUCAGCUUACGCACUUUUGUGAUGAGAAAUUGUGCAGGUCCCACAAACUCGUUGAAGUAUGUCCCAUUGGUCACAGGCUUGGCAUCUGCUCGAAAUCUGGAACAUCUAGAAUUAGUUCGAGUUCCCUUCCUUGGAGGUCUUAUUCAGCAUGUUGUAGAGGACAGCUGGAGAUCUGCAGGGGGCUUCAGAAAUUUGCACACUAUAGUUCUGGGAGCUUGCAAGAAUGCUCUGGAAGUGGACCUUGGCUACCUCAUUAUAACAGCUGCACGAAGGUUGCAUGAAGUGCGAAUCCAGCCUUCCCUUACCAAAGAUGGAGUGUUCUCUGCACUAAAAAUGGCAGAAUUGGAGUUUCCACAGUUUGAAACCCUACAUCUUGGAUAUGUUGAUGAGUUUUUGCUACAGUGUAAAAUGAUCAAUGCUGACCUAGUGAAGUAUGGUUUGGCUGAUGUAGUUGAAAAUCCAGGGAUCAUCACAGACAUUGGAAUGAAAGCUGUGAAUGAAGUCUUCUCUUCAAUUAAAUACCUUGUAAUAUACAACUGCCCGCAUCUUCACAAUCCAAGCAGUUGGAUCACAGAUCAUUCAAGAUGGACUCGGCUAUUUGAUCUCACCUUGGUGAGAUGCCAUGCAAUAAAAUUAGACUCUUUUAGUCAGUUUAUUGAAUUACUGCCAAGCCUGGAGUUUAUCUCUCUAGACCAGAUGUUCCGGGAGCCUCCCAAGGGGUGUGCUCGUGUAGGUCUGAGUGCAGGCACAGGAAUUGGUGUCUCUUCUGCUUUGGUCAGCAAUCAAAACUCCAACAAUGAAAAUGACAACAAUAACAAUCACCAGAACAAUAAUGCAAAUAUACACCAUAACAACCACCAACAACCAAAUGACCAAAAUGAGGAGAAUGAGUUGCGACAGGAGGAACAGGCUGAACAGCAGAUUGCAGCAGAGGCACUAAACGAUAUGGAGGAGGCCGCAGCAGAAGAUGGAGUGGCUGUGGCAGAGAGCCACAGUGAUGCCUCUGCAACUAAUCAGGCGCUUCUUCCUAUGGAAGUUGAUGAAGAACAAGCAGGGCCCAGUGGUCUUCAACCUAAUGUAAACCUAGCACCUAUUACUGUCCAUGACUCAGACAGUGAAGAUGAAGAUGAGAACAUGGCAACCUCAAGGUCCUGUAUUACAAACAGUAUUGCACAGAGUUACUCAGAUGGAGAGGAGAGAGUGAAAGAUCCAGUGGAAAUCCAUGAACCAUCAGCAGUCAGUGGUAAAGGCAAAGCUCCAUUACGGAAGAGAUGCAAUGCCAGUCGAGUGAAACUCUUUCUCUCUGAGGAGAGCAGCUGUGAAAAAGGCUGUCAAGUGACCAGUGAGCAGAUAAAAGCAGAUAUGAAAGCAGCCAGUGAUGGGACAACAGAAAGAAAUAAAAACAAAGAUUGUUACCCAGGCUGUGAUGGUGGUACUGGACCUCCAGGGACGUUGAGCACUUCUGCUUCUCAAAACUCUGAUGGCGUGAGGACAGCUGAUGGCUCGACUGCAGCCCCAUCUACUGCUACAGAGGAUUCUGACAAGUGUCUGUGCAGGAAUGAAGGUGCUAGUGAGGGAGAUGAUGAUAACCCUUUAUGCUCCAGGUGUUCUUCCUAUGUGCCCCAGAGCCAACAAGGGAGGACUAAUGGAGUCUCUGAUGGUGAAUGCCCAUCUACCAGUGGAUCUUGUGGUAUGAAUGGGCCAAACAUGGGAGGGGCAGAAUUUUCCUUAAGAACAUUACCAGGCUGUGGUUCUCCAGGGGAGACUAGCAACGAGAGGACUAAUGAGAGAUUCUCUGGAACUGCUAAUGAGGAACAGAGCACUAGUGCACAGCAGGAGAGGCAUGGAAUUGUACAUAAUGAAGAUUACCCCCGCAGGCCUCUAACAAGAGCCAGAAGCAGACUUUCCCAUGUACCUCUUGUGUCUCAAUCAGAAGUGACCAAACCAAAGCCUAGGCACUCAGUAAAGCGGAAACGAACAGCAGACAAGUCGACAAGCACCAGUGACCCUGUGAUUGAGGAUGACCAUGUCCAGGUUCUGACUCUGAAAUCAAAAAACCUUGUUGGGAUUACUUUAACAAACUGUGGCAUAACAGACCUGGUGCUGAAAGACUGCCCUAAAAUGAUGUUCAUUCAUGCCACCAGAUGCCGUGUACUUAAGCACUUAAAAGUAGAGAAUGCACCCAUUGUCAAUCGAUUUGACUAUGCUCAGUGCAAGAAAUUCAAUAUGGAUCAAGUCCUGGAUCAAAUCCUGCGGAUGCCACCAGAGAGAAACCGGAUAAUUUAUCUUCGUCCCAUGCAACAGGUUGAUACACUAACUCUAGAACAAAAGAUUUUUAGUGGGCCAUACCCAUACCACAUCUGUGUAAUUCAUGAGUUUAGUAAUCCUCCAAAUGUUCGCAACAAGGUGCGGAUUCGCAGCUGGAUGGAUACAAUAGCAAACAUUAAUCAAGAGCUAAUUAAAUAUGAAUUCUUCCCUGAAGCCACACGAACAGAAGAUGAUCUGAAAAAAUACACCAAAUACCCUUGGGGGAGAGAUAUUUACACUCUAGAAGGUGUUGUGGAUGGGGCUCCCUACUCCAUGAUUACUGAUUUCCCUUGGUUAAGGUCACUCAGGACAGCUGAGCCUAAUGGCUAUGCUAGAUAUGAUUUUGAGGAUGACGAAAAAACUACUAUUUAUGCUCCCAGAAGAAAAGGACAGCUGUCAGCAGACAUCUGCAUGGAAACCAUAGGCGAGGAGAUCUCUGAGCUUCGUCAGAUGAAGAAAGGUGUAUUCCAGAGGGUGGUAGCGAUCUUCAUCCAUUAUUGUGAUGUCAAUGGGGAACCAGUUGAGGAUGACUACAUCUGAAUGGAUCAGGCUGCUGGCUUUCAGCCUUUCCUAGCUUUUGACUGGCAUUAACAGUGGAGAAAAAGCACUGAGUGCUUGCGUACACCAAGAAGUCUUGGAAUUUGUGUGGUUCACAUUUGCCCAGUGCUGCUGGAAUAGUUUGUAGUAAACGUAAAAUGAGACAUUGAAUUGUAUGUAGAGGACUCUACACAGGGGGGAAAGAACUUUCUUAAAGUUGACUUUAUUUCAUGUCUAUAUUAUGAAAUUUAAUUUAAGUUCCAUUUUAAUGAAGGCAAUUAUGUCAAGGGAGAAAAAGUUUGAACUUCUUAGCUAAUAUGAUUCAUAGCAGUAUUUUUGUUGGUUUGCCACAAGCAAAUCCCCCACGUGCUAUGUUCAGGACCCACAAGAAGUCUUUUAAACUGUGCCUUUUUUCCCCCUCUUGAGUAUCUAAGAGUACAUUUUGAGUAAAUCUGCUGAACAGACUUUUGAGUUGUGUGCAUUUUUGAAGAAAAAGUAAAUUGAAGGUGCUAAACCAGUGAAGAAUGACAGAAGUGGGAGGAGCAGCCAUGUGAAUGAUCUAUAAAAACUGUUAUUGGAGGAUUUUUGUUUUGUUUUGUUUUUUAAAAAUGCAAAGUAAGACCAACCUUUGAUUUCAGAAUCUGUUAAAUUAAAACCUUGUGAGUCAGGGUGAGCACGAUUAAUAACAAAAAGCAAUAAAUUUAAAUAUAUUUUCUGUUUCA